ACGAAACUAAGAGCAGUAAAAGGAGUUUUAAAGGAGUGACCACCACAGCUAGGCGUACAAUGAUGGAAGAGAACAUCGCAGUCGGUUCAGCCAACAAGGUUGAGAAAGAUUCAUCAUCUCGGGAAGUAGAAAUGCUGUUCGACAAAAUAGCUGACCCGAACUUCCCGUACUAUCAGAUGGACAUAGCAGCACGCGAUGUCAGUUACGAAAAGGUUAUGGAAUACAGAAACCAACAAGGCUUCAAUAUCCUUCAAUAUGCUGCUUAUUUGGAUGACCACGCCGCCAUGUACACCAUUUGGAGGCAUUAUAACUGGGAGCACCUCUCAGGGCAAAAAGCGAGUGGUCACAAUGAAUUCGCCGGCUGUACAGCUCUCGAAAUCGCCCAGAAGAAAAAGUUUGAACAAUCGGUAAAAAUUAUUAAAGAUUUCAAGGAGGCUGAAUCCACCCUUAAAGAUAUACACAAAAUGGUACGAGCGAGAGAAAUUCAUAAGAUAGAAGAAAUUUGCAAUCAGGACAGGACGGUCAUCGGUAAAAUUACAGGUGAGGCUGAUCAACUUCAACCUCUGCAUAUAGCUGCGGGGAUUGGGUUUUUGGAUGGUGUUGUUCUCCUGCUAAAACUCGGUGCCGACAUUAACGCCACGACUGCUAUCGGUGAGACUGUUCUCAGAAGAGCUUCGCGAAUGGGCUACGAAAAUGUAGUGAAGUACCUCGUGACAAGGAACAACUGUGAUCUCAACAAAGUCGAAAAAAAUUGCACUUCAAGUGUAGAAAUUGCUGCACUCCACAACUUUGGUGGUAUCGUCAGAAUUCUUGCAGAAAACGGAGCUCAAGUCACCCCACAUGCUUUGUGUUGUGCUGCUUCUAAGGGUCACCUCAGCUUGCUAGAAAACAUGCUUUCUGAAUGGGGGGUGGACCCCAAACGUGUAAACAGCAAGGGCAAAAACUGUUUCCACAGUGCAGCAAGUGAUGGGAAAAUCGCCGUUUUGGAGAAGCUCUUUCAGAUAGAUCCAAGCUUGAUUGAGACACUUGGCCUAUUAUAUGAAGGUGAUAUGGUUUAUCUUGUUCGAGGUAAGGAUAAAAAAAGACCUGCAUGGCAUUACGUUCUCGUUAAAAGGCGACUUCACUCAACCUUCAUUCUAAAGACACAGGGAGGUUCCCUUGAUGUGGCCGACUAUGGGCGUGUACUGAAAUCCGGCUGGGGCCAAGACCCACCUGAAGAUAUCAAGACCAAAAUUGAUGAGGAACACUCGACAAUACAGGAGGACGCCCAAAAGGACAUGUCUCCCUUACAUUGUGCAGUAAUGGAAGAGCAGCUAACAGCGGUCCAAAAGCUCGUCGAACUUGGAGCGGAUGUGGAUGCCCGUGAUGCGUACAAGCUAACGCCCCUUCAUCUUGCAUGCAUGAGAGGAAACAUGCCUAUCGUUAAGGAACUCUUGAAGGCCAGUGCCAACUUUCAAGUCUUUGACGAAGACGGGAAAAGUCCUUCCGAUGUUGCUCGGGAUAACAACAACAAAGAGGUCGUCGAGUUGUUGGCCAAGAAAGAAAGUGCAGGUUUAGUGGAGAGGUUCAUUCUGGACCAACUGAAAACUCUGCAGAUGUUGUUGGAGAAGACAGAUGACGACAGCAUCUCAUCCAGGGAUUUUCAAAAGCAGUUGAUGAAUGAAGUCCAGACCCUGAAGGAUAAUACCACGCUGUAUCUAAGCGAUCUGGCCCCCAAAGAGGUAGAUGCAGUAGAGGAAUCGGCGCAGCCCCCCUCUGUCGAUCCUCACGAUAGUCCUGAAGCUGCCACGCCUUCCACGGAAACUCCAGCUGCUGUCCCUGAUGGAGAAAGCGCGGAUAAUAACAAUAUCACCAGUACCAGUGAAAACGAGGUUGAGGAGAAUGGGAACGACAGUAAUGUGAAUGGGAAUGAAAACGAGGUCUUGUCAGAGGAAGUCACCCCAUCGCGUCCAAAUGACACGUCGGACCGCAUCAUUGGGGAUUCUCUCCAGAGGCUACUUGAGACCUACCUUCAGCAGCAAUGAGAAGGAAAUUCCUAUAAUGUUUAAAAUCAUAUACUUUUCGACAAGGUCCAUUAAUACAAUAGCAGUCUAGAUUUCAUUUCGUGUAAUCCGUCAGAUAUGUAAAUUUACAUCCAAAAUCUCAACUGACAAGGUAUUUAACAUAAGGCCACACUCCUUUAAUUUUAUGGAUGACAUCUGCGCGCGCUUUGAUUUUUGUCUGUUCUGUAAAAAAUCAGUCGUAUUGUUUGAGUGAUACACUGUGCUCAGUGGUGCAGUUUGCGUUUCCAGUUGUGUAUUCCUAUACUGUAGCAGUAACAUUUUGGUUGUUUUUUAUUCACCCUCAUACAUUAGUUUAGGGGUCCGAGAGGAUGCCAUCCAUAAAAUAAAAACAGAGAGGCCUAAAAUAUGCUUAAAUCAGUUAUAAAUGUUUCUGUCUUAUUGUGAAUUUUUAUAGAAUAUGUAUGUACAUUUAACAUUAGCAUGAAAUCGCCUUCCUUGCGGUUUUCUUGAAGCUCGACGUUGUCGGUGCAGAUUCCUAUGAUUUUAAGCAACUUGUGGACAGAAUAAGAAAACGCACAAUUUCAUGUUAGAAGAAUGAUUUACACUAGUUUAAAGCACCUUUACUACAGAUGUGCCGGUGGAAGAAAAAAAGACCAACAACAGGUUCAAACA